GAAGUGUUGAGACACCGCAAAAAGGCGAAAAUGGUGCUCAUCCAGCAUCACAGACCCAGUCGGGCAAUCUCGAAUCCUCAGUCUCAAUACCCAUCUCUACCAGACUCUUUUCUUCAAUCCACCCCCCAUAUUCAUCUAACUCCUCAUCACGGAACGUUCAUCUCAGACAUUCAAAUCGCUACUCUUUCCGAUCAACAACUCACUGCGCUAGCCCGAUUAGUGUCUAUUCGAGGUGUCGUCUUUCUUCGGGAUCAAGACCUCACGCUUGAAGAGCAGUCACGGAUCUCGAAUCGUGUCAGUACCGGGCUUGUUACUGGUACGCGUAAAAGCUCGGUUUCUCACUCAGAUAAUAUCUCUCAAAUCAAUGGUGGCAAUGGAGAUGAUGAGGAGGAAGAGGAAGAAUGGCACACCGACGAGCUCCCUACUCAGGACUCACAUUCCACAACAUCAACAUACACGUUAUUCCACGCGAAUGAAACAGAAAACGCGAAUGCUAUGACGUCUUGGAUGUCUCUUUACGGAUUGUACGCUAGUUUGAGCAAGCCUAUGCAAGUGCUUUUCGACAGUCUUCACGUUGUUGACCCAGCGUCGAAGCAACAAUACCCGGCCGUCGCAACACACUCUACCACUGGAGUCAAGGCACUGAGAUGCGCAGUUCCACCUCGUAGUGGAGCUACAUGGAAGUUCAAGGAAUUAAGCAAGAAAGAAGGAGAAUAUCUCUCAAACUUUCUCAGUCAACAUCUCGAAUCCUCUCACGCAGACACCCAGCAGUGGACAUGGCGUGCCAACGACGUCGCUGUAUGGGAUAAUAGAGUGGUAGCGUACCGGCACCUCAUACCUUCUUCUAUUAUCCUCUCUCCCACUACAGUCUCCUCUGUGGUGCAGGGCACGAAGACAAUAUCAGUUUACUCGAAGCUUUCUUCCGCUGCACCAAAUCACACUACGAUAGUAGCAGCAUCGAAAGCAAGAUACAACAACACUCCCUCUCGUCGCAUAAUCAACAACCAACUCUCUUUUCAACACCGCCCCGCCUCCAAUAUCUCUCUCAAUACUUCGCUACCAGACCAUUUCACGAGGCAAGACUCUAUGUCACCAUCGUCUCCUGAACCAGAAGUCAAGAGCGAAGAGACUAAUGACAUACGACUGGUUCUGAGCGAGAAGAAAAAAAGUGCUGGUCUAAGCAAUUCCCCUUUGAGACGAAUCGUCGAAAGACAAGUCCCAACCCUAUCCGCUUCAUCAGAUAAAGCAGCACAGGGAAGACGGUUAGACGUAGCGAGAUGGAGAAGCGGGGGUGGCCGGACAGUCGUUGGGGUGUAUUCAUAA